AGGAGACUAGAGGAUCUGAAGAAAUGCAGAUUCACCCAGACUGUGGAAAUCAGAAGCUAUCUACUAAGUUUUCUUGGACUGUUUGUGUAUGUCUAAGCAGUUCAAGUUGCUGUGGACCUGUUUGCACAACUGAAAUAUUAGUGGGCACAGAAGUUAAAAUAGUAAUGGCAUCACUUGAUAACCAAGGCCUAUGGUCUAAAAUAGACAUUCUGAAGUUACUGGAAUGCAUGAAGCAUAAUAUCCCAUCAGAUGACCUCAGAGAAUUCACAGAGUGGUCCCUAGAUUGGGACAAAGUAGCUUUUGGACUGUUUUCAGGAGAAAUGUACAAACAGAAAUGGAUGGAAAUUUCUUGUAAUUUAAGGAAGUUCCGCACACUGACAGAAUUAGUGCAAGAAGCCAAGGAAUCUAUGAAAAAACUUAGCAAAAAUAAUACCGUCAAGCAGCAUCCUGACCGUCCCAAAAGCCCCUUGACUGCCUAUAUGUGCUUUUACAAGGAGCAGAGAACCAAAUACAGUCAGAUGUACCCUGAGUACAGCAAUGCCCAGCUGACCAAACUCCUGGCUGAAAAAUACCAUCAGUUGCCUGCCAAGAUAAAGCAGAGAUAUAUCAUGGACUUCAAGAAGGAAAAACAAGACUUUUAGGAACAGAUGAUUCAAUUCAGGAAAGAACAUCGAGUUUCAGGGAAUCCUAAGAAAUCUGUGGUGCCUGGGAGUCACCAAAACAAAGUCUCUACGAAUUCACAAGGAGCUAUGAAAACCAUAAAGUCUCUUCUAAAAACAGAAUUUCCCAAAACAUUUUCCUCUGAUAUGAAAUUUCAGGGAGAACCCAGGAAACCCCCUAUGAAUGCAUAUCACAAAUUUCACCAAGAUUCAUGGUCAAGUCCAGAGCUGAGGCAUCUGACCUUUAGGGAGCGCUGGGUUGAGAUUAGCAGAUGUUGGCAUCGAGUCCCAGAGGAACAGAGAGACCAUUAUAGCAGUCAGAUUGAGAAGCUACAGAAACAAUACUGGGUGGAGCUGGACCUCUGGCUCAAGAGAUUGUCUCCUGAGGAAUAUGCUGCAUACAAAGAGGCAAAGGCCACCUAUGGUAAGCGGAAGAACAUGGGCAUGUCUGGAGGCAGAAGGCCCAAGUUUGCAUCAACAGAUGAUCUGCAGUCCUUCUCAGAGAAAGGGCUUCAAGUAAAGCCUGGAGAGGAAGAGGAGCUACUAGAUCCUGGGACAGAUUCCUCAGAGACGGAACAGCAUCAUCAUGGUGGUUCCCAGGCAUCCAGGCAAGAUACCACAGAUGAUAGCGAAGAGGAAGACCUAUCUAGCACCUCCUCAGAUUCUAGCAGAACAGAUGAAGAUGAUGAAAUUCUUCCUCAGCGGAACCUUAAGGUUUAGACGCCAUUUUAGCCACUGUCAUAUUCUAAAUCAUUGUUUAGAACCAUCCAAGCAAAUCCCAGGACAUUCCCAACAGAUAGGGAACUGAUCUGUCCUCUCUGGAUUGUACUUUCUUGCUUUUCUCUCCUACAGCCUUUGCUUGCCAAAAACAAAGGAGUACAGUUUGGGGAGAAGGGAGUUUGCCUAGUCCUGCCUACAUCAGAUUUCUAGGCUUAGGAAGAAUGUAAAAUCUAUUUACAUUUUAUUUGAUCAACUAUAAAACCAAUCU